AUGACUUGGAAUGCCCACAUUAUUCAAAAAUGGUUGCCGCCGGAGAUAUUGAACUAUGAAGAACUGUUUACCUCUUGCAGAAAUUUGGAAAGUACUUGUGGUUCGUUAACGUCUAGACUGGAAGUCUUGUUAAAUAAUUUGAAAAGUAAACAUUCUUCGAAAUUUAACCCGCUUCUUCACGACAACGAUCUUCAGUUAACAGAUGUAGAAGACCUAACAUUAACGCUUGAAUCUAUAGAAAUGUCUUACAAGAACAUUCUUCCUAAAUUAGCAACAAAUCAGGUGCAUUGUAUAAUAGCAAAGAAGUUCCAAAUGUGGAAAGACAUGCUAUGGAAAGCGGAACUACAAUUAAUUUAUUUUGUUCAAGAGAUAAUUAACGAAAUUACUCACCUUUUUAUUUAUUAUGGAGAGAGUCUAUUAGUUCAAACUUUACGAAUAUCUGUAUCGUACAACAGUCUAUUGAUAUUGGACAAGAAAUAUCACAUCUCCAACGAUAACAGUAUUUGUAAGAACACUUGUCCCUAUCUUAUAUUUCCGAUGAGGAGUAUUUCAGUGACCAGAUUGCUUCAAAUUAUCGCAUAUAAAAGAGCUGAAUUAUGCUGUCACAAACUCAUCGACUGCUUGUUGGAAACAUACAGAUUAUAUGAAAAUUCCGACGAAGAUGACGAAGGAUCAGAUAAUUCUAGCUUAGAAAUAUACAUGACUUUAACGAAACAUAUGUCUCCUCCUGACGUAGCUGAAAAGACAAUCACCAAAGAAGCAUCAGAAAACAUCAAUGAUUCCAGUAUUUUCGCCAGUUUGGAAGAAUUGAUCUAUUACGAGGAAAAGAACGUUAUAGACUUGUUAACAGUCACGCUGCAGGCAGCUCCUGAAAUGCUAGGACAUGACGGUGUUAGAAAAUCGAAAAAUUCAGCUGACGUAUCCCCUGUAGUGCUUUCGGCUUUGGCCAGUCUCGCAGACGCGCUAGGUGUUCAUGUAGCUUCAACGUCUUGGGAUCAGAAUUUCCGGUUGGCUCUGGUUUCUUCCAAGGCGAUUUACAAUCCAGAAACUGGAAAACUUUACGCCAACGUCUUACAGGAUCUAGUUGUGUUGUGCAACCAAUGCGAAACCACUCCCGACUGGUUUGUUGGAGCUCCUUUAGACGAACUACCGUUGGUUGAACAAAUUCCGGUAUUGCAUCGAUUAGAUCAUUCUAUACAUACCACCAGGUUGUGGUCUAUCAACGAAUGUAAAAAGCUGGUGAACGCUUGGAAUGUCAGUGCAUUUUUCACCGUCAUUCAUGAUAAUAUUGUUGACUGCUUCAGUCAACUCAACAAUUUGCGACUUGCUGAUCACGCCGGCGAGAUUGAGAAGAAAAAUUUGGGUGUGCAGGUUGAGGUGUGUGCUCUCAUGAGAGCCAAAUUAGUGUCAGAAGUCAAGGUUAAUUUUGACAAGUUGAAGGAAGCUCCAAAAGAAUGCGUUGAUGGUUUAGCAAGCGUUUGUCGGACAAUAUGUCUUGCCAACUUACAAAUGAUCUUUCCUCCCAGUUCAUAUUGGAAAAAAACAAACUCUGAGAUCAUUUCCGAAACACCGAGUGACUUCGUAGCAAAGUAUUUAGACAUUGAAGAUUCCCAAGAAGAGGAAGAAAAGGGAGAGCUCAUGCCAGCAGAAAUGUACGUGCCCAAUCAAGAACAAUGGCUCGAGUUGAGAGCUCUUAAAAAGAAGACGACUUUCCCAAUUCCGAUUUGCUGUGGACAACCAUAG